CUUUUGUGUUGUUGUUGUCUCAGAUUGGAGUCGUCUCGCCUUUCCACCCCAGUGACACGCAGGCCGAGGCCCCUCGUUGCUUGCUUGCUUGUUCCUUGGAGAGCCACAACCCGACAAUCUGUAUAGUACUUCAAUCUUGGAUAUAAACGCCCGACGACAAAGACAAGACGCAGCAUCAUCCUGUACACUUUUAUCCCACAUUCCGAACCACCGACCGCCGCACGCCGAGGCUCAAAACAGACCCGCCCCGGCUCGGUCGGCAAAUUCAGCCGCGAUUGGGUGCGUAGGCACGCCUAGCGCUGCAAGCCUCUUGUUUAGCACCAUCCAUAAGCCGCACCCCGAGCUUCCAUCGGUGCAGAAAGACAACUGCAAUACUACAGCACCAGAGAGUGUGAAGAGGAAGAGAGAAAAAAAAAAGAGGCUUGCUCGGUUCCUGCCUAGUACAAGUUCUUUUCUCGGAUCCCCUCAUCCAUCCCCCUUUCACAUUUUAGACUUUUUUGCCUUCUGCUUCACACACAUCGACCUCUUGCCUCUCAGGACGGCUGUCUCGUGGGCAGGCACAACAACAAUAACAACAACAAGCGGUUGCGGCGACCGCGACGACUGGGAUAUUGAAGCGGGCAUCAUCGGAUUCAUCGCAUCAUCAUCAUCGACGCCCCAUAACAACAACAACAUCAUCAACAGAGCAUCAAGACUAGGAGCACCCCUUAGCGACCUACCGCCACAAUGCCCAUGGACGUUGUGGACCAGGAGCUGAGCUCCGCGGCCGAGGCGGCCUCGCCCCAGCGGUACCGUCGCCGCGCCAGCAACGAGAUCGAGCGCGUCCUGUCGGCCUCGUCGGCGUCGACCGAGUCGGAGAGCCGCCGCGGCAGCCUCUCGCGCCGACACAUGAGCCGCGUCUCGACGGCCAACGACCUCGAGCGACACCCCACGGCCCUGAGCCGCAUCGCGACCCAGCGCACCCAGCACGGCGCCACCGUCGGCUCCGAGGGUCGCAUCAGCAGGAGAUCUGUCGCCUCCAAGCCGCUGCCGCCCUUUGGCGCCGGCAAGGCCUACCCCCCGCCGCUCCCGGAGCGCGAAGAGUACGUGGUCGAGUUUGACGGGCCGCACGACCCCUUGCACUCGCAGAACUGGCCACUGCGCAAGAAGAUCCUCACGGCCGCCAUGCUGGGCUACACGACCAUGACGUCGGCCUUUACCUCGUCCAUCUUCUCGUCCGCCACGAGCGUUGUCGCGGCCCAGUACAAUGUCGGCUCCGAGGUUGGCCUGCUGGGCACUACCUUCUACGUCAUGGGCUUCGCCUUUGGUCCGACCCUGUGGGCUCCCCUGUCCGAACUGCGCGGCAGACGGCUGCCCAUCGUCGUCGCCAUGUUUGGCUUCUCUCUCUUCUCCAUCGCCUGCGCCACCGCCAAGGACAUCCAGACCAUUCUCCUCUGCCGCUUCUUCAGCGGCUUCUUCGGCGCCUGCCCCCUCGCCGUCGUCGCCGCCGUCUUCUCCGACAUGUUCGACAACCGGACCCGCGGCAUCGCCGUCACCCUCUUCUCCAUGGCCGUCUUCACCGGCCCCCUGCUGGCCCCCUUCAUCGGCGGCUUCAUCACCUACUCGCACCUCGGCUGGCGCUGGACCGAGUACCUUGCCUCCAUCAUGGGCUUCGCUGCCUUCAUCCUCGACCUCGUCUUCCUCGAGGAGACGUACCCGCCUGUCAUCCUCAUCAGCAAGGCCGCCGAGCUGCGUCGCCGCACCAAGAACUGGGGCAUCCACGCCAAGCAGGAGGAAAUCGAGGUCGACUUUGGCGAGCUGGUCACGAAGAACUUUUCUCGCCCUCUCCGCCUGCUCUUUACGGAGCCCAUUAUCCUGCUGCUUUCCAUCUACAUGAGCUUCAUUUACGGGCUCCUGUACCUCUUCCUGACAGCAUACCCCAUCGUCUUUGUCGGCGUCCAUGGCUUCAGCGCGGGCCAGUCGGGUCUGACGUUCUUCGGCAUGAUCUGCGGACAGCUCCUGGCUGGCGCGUCUGUCAUUGCGCAGCAGCCGUGGUACAUGCGAAAGUUGGCCGCCAACAACGGCAUUCCCAUCCCUGAAUGGCGUCUGCCCAACGUCAUGGCGGGAGGUAUUUCCUUUGCCAUUGGCAUCUUCUGGUUUGGAUGGACUGGCUACCGCGCCGACAUCCACUGGAUCGUCCCCACCCUCAGCGGCCUCUGCACCGGCUUCGGUCUCAUGUCCAUCUUCCUCCAGGCGCUCAACUACCUCGUCGACGCGUACCUCAUGUUUGCCGCCUCGGCCAUUGCCGGCAACACGUUCAUGCGGUCGCUGUGCGGUGCCGGGUUCCCCCUCUUCGCGCGCCAGAUGUUUGAGGGCUUGGGCAUCCAAUGGGCCUCGACGCUGCUGGGCUGCGUGGCGCUCGUUCUCGCCCCUAUCCCAUUCAUCUUCUACUACUACGGCGCCCGCAUCCGCCAGAAGAGCGCCUACGCCCCGACAUUUGCCGCGCCGGCCGACCCGGUGGAGGAUGAGUCGGAGGAGAGCAACGCCGAGAAGCAGGGCGAGAACCCGGCUGCAAUGGCCAACGCGCCCAGGAGGGCGAGCGACGAGGACGGUCCGGCCCAGACUGCGUGAAGGGGAGCUCUUCGGGUGUUGCAUUCAACGGUGCAAGGAGGAGCAUAGUUUUGCGGCAGUGGCGGAGAGCACGGCGUUUUUGUGAUCUGGCAUGGGUGCGUCCGUCGGUGGUAGCAUUUGCUUUACUCGAGCGAGAUUGCGAUGAGGUUCCGGGACAAUGUCAAAAGGGGAUGCAUUUUUGGGUGUUUGAUUGAUGAUGAUACCCUUGGAGGGAGGCGGUAAGCUGACUGUGACUGCCGGGUCGUGGAUAUUCCCCGUACAGAGGGGCGAUCUGGAGCACAUAACAAAACAUAAUCAAUCUUAAUGCAGAGAUAAAUUUGACAACGAAGACGCAAGGAG